AUGGCGACUAUCGUUCAAACAUUCUGCGGCGGAGAUGACAUCCGUUUCUCGUGGAUCGAGGCUGCCAAGUCAGCCGACGUCGUUAACAUGGAAAUUGCCGACGGCGUUGCGCCUUCAUCUCUUUGCGAUUGUAGUGAGGAGAUGACUAGCUCUGAAUUGCACCCCUGCGAAGGCUGUACUGAUCCGACACUCUGCAAGAAUCGAUCUUUCGAUAGCACGGGUCGACUUGUGUGUCAGAAGUGCCGCGCGCGCGACCAAGCCAACUUUCGUGGUGAGCGCCGAGCGGGCGAGUCCAUCGCAGCAUUCCUCUGUCACCAGUCUCUUUGGAUCAACUUUCAGCGCGAAUGUGCUCUCCUUGGCUUCAAUCCGAAGGAUCAGAAAUACAAAGCUGUCUUCAACGGUGCUUGGGAGAAGGUUAAGUCACGACUGCCAGGACAAGAUCCACCAUAUUAA